AUGCUUGGCACCACAGGUCGAGCAAAGAGGAGACCAGCUUCUUUCACCCCCCCACCUCCCAAAAGGCCAAAGGGAUCGGCGGAGCUGAUCUGCGCCGCCGUCGGCGCCAGGGCGACGGCGGAGCAAUGCCAUUCCGGCGUCCAGGCUCUGUCCGCCGCCAACGGGGCACUGUUCCGUGGCCAGAAUGAGCCUGGAGUGGGCGCGCUUGCCAAGGUGAGGCUGAACAACGUGUACGACAACGGCUCUGCGGAAAUGAUGGUGCCGAGGCCCCAUGGUGCACCAGAGUCCAGACUGCUGCGCAGCGCGUUGGGUGGCAAAGUGGUUGGUGCAACGCACAUGCAACAACUUCCGACGUCGCCAUCGCCGACGCUUCCUCCACAUAUCCACAGAACGAGCAAGACGUGUAGCGCAGUUUGGUCGCAGCCCUGA